AUGGGCGCGAGGCAUGCAAACGAGGAAUUUGCUCCGGCAGGCUCUGAAUGUCAAGUAGUCAAAGAUGGAGUCCGGAUCUGCGAGGCCGUGUGCUCGUGCAGAGAAGACUUGCGAUUCCUCCCCCUCCUCCUCCUCACUCUUCAAGCUCCGCACAUUUUUCGCUCUCCCUUCGCUUCCGGUCUUCGCGAGGACGACGGCGCGAGGCUCAAGAAGCAGCGGCGCGUGAAGUGUGGUGUUUGGAGAGGGUUGCUUUUCUUUGUUUUAUGGACAACUUUUCUUCCUUCUCUUUUUUUCUCCCCCCCUUUGCCUAUAACGGAUUGUCCCUCCCUUGGCUAG